AUGGCGACCAAGUUGGCGCACGCGAAGACGAGCGUGCGGGACCCGUACGCGGCGUCGUCGCCGCCGUUGUAUCAGACGGCGACGUUUGCGCAGCCGAACGCGACGGAGAACGGACCGUACGAUUACACGAGGAGUGGGAACCCGACGCGGACGCAGUUGGAGGAGCAGAUGGCGUACCUGGAGGACGCGGACCGGGCGUUCGCGUUUUCGUCCGGAAUGUCGGCGCUCACGUGCGUGACGCGAUUGGUGAACGCGGGUGAGCGGAUCGUGACCGGAGACGAUAUUUACGGUGGGACGUCGCGAUUGCUCGCGCAGGUCGUGCCCAAGGUUGGGAUCGAGGUCGUGAACGUGGACAUGAAGGAUCUUGACGCGGUGCGCGCGGCCAUUGCUGGAGGGAAGACCACCAUGGUCAUGAUGGAGUCCCCGACGAACCCUCGAUUGCAGGUGAUCGACAUCAAGGCGAUCUGCGACAUGGCGCACGACAAAGGUGCGCUCGUGUGCGUCGAUAACUCGAUCAUGUGCCCGACGUUCCAGUCGCCGCUCGCGCUCGGCGCCGACAUCUCGAUGACGUCGGCGACCAAGUUCAUCGCCGGGCACUCCGAUGUCACCGGUGGUUUACUCGCGGUGAAGGGCGAGGAGGUUGGAAAGAGGAUUUACUUCCACCAAAACGCCGAGGGUCUGCACCUCGCCCCGUUCGAUUGCUGGCUGGCGCUUCGCGGGCUGAAGACGAUGCAGUUGCGCAUGGAGCGCCAACAGGCAAACGCGAUGAAGCUCGCGAAGUGGUUGGAAUCGCAUCCGCGCGUGCAAAAUGUCAACUAUCCGGGAUUGAAGAACAAUGUCGGUCACGAUUUGCACUUCCGUCAAGCGUCCGGAGCUGGGUCUAUCUUUUCGUUCACCACCGGAGACGUGGAGUUCUCGAAGAUCGUCGUGGAGGAGACCAAGCUUCAUAAAAUCACCGUCUCUUUCGGUGGCACGACCUCUUUGAUCUCCCUCCCGUGCUUCAUGUCUCACGCGAGCAUUCCCGCCGAGGUUCGCGCCGCUCGCGGCUUGCCAGACGAUCUCGUUCGCAUUAGCUGCGGCAUCGAGGAUGGCGAUGACUUAUUGGCCGACUUGCAGUACGCCUUCGCCGUGGCAGAGGUUCGCGUGGGCAAGAAGUGA